AAGUUUAUUUUGAAAAACAUUUGACCCGGAAGUCAUUUCCUCAGCAGAAGGGAUGGAGUAUCAUGUUGACACGUGUGUAGCUGUCAAGUGAACAUUUAUAAGUCCACAAGUAACUCCAUGACUCUGAGUUUUUACUGUGUUUCUACAGGCAUUUCUACGGGUUCACAGUACAGUCAUGGCUGAUGCGUUUAGCAGCAGCUCGGAAACUGUAAUUCAUCGUGUGGUCGGAGUUGCAGUGAAGACGAGCACACCUGCGGAUGAACUGGAAAGGUUUUAUCAGAUUAAGAAAACCUGCGACUUCAUCAGUGAGCAUACGUUUGAAAAGGUAGCUUUGCAGUUUCCUGAUGAGCUGCUGGUGGAUUCAGUUGCAGUGGCAGAAGAGAUCGAGAGAAACACUAAUGCCAAGUCAUAUAUUUUGGGCGACACAUCCUAUGGAAGUUGCUGUGUGGAUGAGGUCGCUGCAGAACACGUUGGAGCUGACUGCAUUGUGCACUAUGGCAGUGCUUGCCUUAGCCCAUCCAGAAGGCUGCCCCUGUUAUACAUCUUUGAACAAAGAGCAGUGGAUGUGGAGAAGUGUGCCUCCUCCUUCAGAGAACUCUACCCUGACAGACACAGUCACAUAAUCAUCCUCUGUGAUGUCAACUAUGCUCAUGCCAUUAAUGGUCUUUUGGCUCUACUGUCACCAGAGUAUCCAAACCUUGUUGCCUCUGAGAUUGUUGUUGAAGGGGAGCAGUGUUACAGUCAUGGGCGGAUUAAAAGACAAGAUGAUGACGCCCGUCUCUCUGAGCAAGACGAUGGCCAGGUCAUCUAUCAGUUUGGACGUCAGUUCACCUUGAAAAGCGGUUUAAGCGUCACGGACUGCAGUAUGUUUUAUGUGGGCCAGGAGGGAGCGACCCUGAGAAACUUCAUGAUGACUUGGAAUCGGUGCUCGUUUUGCUCUUUUGACCCUGUGACAGCGAAGGGGCGGGUCGAGUCUAUAAGCAUCAACCGCGCACUGAUGAAGAGAUACUAUGCUAUAGAAAGGGCCAAGGAUGCCAAUGUGGUCGGCAUCCUGGUUGGCACUCUGGGGGUUGCCGAUUACCUCUCUAUCAUUGAGCAGCUGAAGGAAACCAUCAAGAGAGCUGGCAAGAAGAGCUACAUGUUUGCCAUGGGGAAACUGAACGUACCCAAACUGGCAAACUUUCUUGAAAUUGACAUCUUUGUUUUAAUUGCAUGUCCAGAGAGCUCACUUUUGGACUCGAGUGAGUUUUUUAAACCUGUAGUGACACCGUUUGAGAUGGAGGUGGCCUGCAACAGGAAGAGGGAAUGGUCAGAGGAAUAUGUCACAGACUUUCGACAUCUCCUGCCAGGUGGACAGAGUCACAUACCUUUGGCUGAUCAGCAGGACAAGGAGGAUGAAACUGACGUUUCAUUAAUCACUGGUGCUGUGCGAAGCCACAAUCUCCUGAGCAGUGAGCCUACAGAGCCGGCUUAUGGGUCCUCUGUGGUCUUGAGGAACCAGACGCUGACCGUAGCAAACACAAAUUCAGCUGCAUCUUUUCUUGCAGGUCGAAGCUGGAUUGGUUUAGAGCAGAAGCUGGGAGAGACACCUGUGGUGAAAGCAGUAGAGGGCAGGAGAGGCAUAGCUAUAGCCUACGAGGAGGAAGGAACAUGGUCAUGAUCAUUUUUACCAAUAAUCCACAAUGUCUUUGAUAGGUUAUUUAUUAAUUUACCAAUGUACCAAAUGUAUAGCAUAUAAACUGUAUUUACUGGAAGAAGAAAGUGAUUAUUAAAUGUUUUUUAUUAACAUCAGUACCGGGCAGUGGUAGUUUUAUACUGCAUUACUUAGAAUAAUAGGAAUCUAUGAUUCAGUGAUUACAGUAUUAUGACCUCAUAACCAGACCAAAAGUUGUUACUCAGAACCAGGAAAUGACUGAAA